AUGUCGACGACCUCUCUGCAAUCUUUUGCCGACUCCUACUCUCCGUUCUCCUCACGAUCGCAACCCACUCGAAUGUCUCAAUCCCAAACACCCGGUCUCGAUACGCUUGCAGAAGGAUCGCAGUAUGCGCUAGAGCAGCUGCAACUGGCGCGACAAGCUGCUGCACCUUCCAAUGCCCCGACCGACUCGGGUCACAACCACCUUAAUGCGCCCCCGACUGAAUCGCCGCACUUACAAUCCUAUAAUGAACGGAAUGACUCCCAUGACGAACGAAAGAUACAUAUGCAGCAGCGAGACCUGCUUGCUGACGCGCGAUCGACGAUUCGCAAGAAUUCAUCGGCCGGUCCGGUACGCCGCAGAAUUAGCCGUGCUUGCGAUCAGUGCAACCAGCUACGCACCAAAUGCGAUGGACAGCAACCGUGCGCGCAUUGCGUUGAAUUCGGUCUGAGCUGCGAGUACGCGCGAGAGCGCAAAAAGCGUGGGAAAGCCUCGAAGAAAGAUCGUGCCACUGCCUCAAAUGCCAAUGGCGACAAAAUCCUUCCAGAUAACUUAACCGCCCAAGAAAAUUCCCCACAUUCGCAGUCCUCUCACGACGCUAACGGAGCCUUCGAUUCCAAUUUCGAUGUCGCUCGUACGUUGCCCGAAUCAGCGCAGUCACAUUUGCCGAAUUCCAGCAUCGCCGGGGUGGACAGGAUCCAGCACAACCCACUCCCUACAUCGACACAUUUGCAACAGCCCAUGGGAACGAACAUGGAUGGCAUGUCGUUAAACUAUAACAAUCUCUCUGAAUCAAAUCGACCCCACAUAUCUGUCUCCGAUCUUCGCUCUCUGCAGCUAUUGCAGCACCCUAAUGGGAAUCCCAGAUCGCCAUCUUCACUACUUCACACCCAGGGCUUUGGCCAAGGUUAUCAUGAUGGAUCAUAUCCAGGCAUGAACUCUCAAGAAAAUAACCCAUCUUCCAUGAAUCAAUUCCGCCUGGGAGGUUCAGCAGAGAACCAGACCACUUCCUUCCUUGGAUUCACACCCACACAGUCUCCCAGCUGGCUCCCUCUCCCGUCACCUUCUCCUGCCAAUUUCCCGUCAUUUAGUAUUGCUCCUUUUCCAAGCUCGUUAAGAUACCCCGUUUUGCAGCCAGUUCUUCCCCAUAUCGCCUCGAUUAUCCCCCAGUCCCUUGCCUGUGACCUUUUGGAUGUAUACUUUACUAGCUCUUCUUCGUCGCAUCUUUCUCCGUUGUCACCAUACGUCGUCGGAUUUGUGUUCCGGAAACAAUCCUUUCUGCACCCAACAAAACCCAGAGUCUGUAGUCCGGGUCUACUAGCCAGCAUGCUCUGGGUGGCAGCGCAGACGAGCGAGGCGGCCUUUUUGACUUCACCACCAUCAGCUCGAGGACGAGUCUGUCAAAAAUUGCUCGAAUUGACAGUUGGAUUGCUUCGGCCACUCAUCCACGGUCCGGCGACCGGUGAAGCGUCUCCUAACUAUGCAGCCAAUAUGGUCAUCAAUGGAGUGGCGCUCGGCGGAUUUGGCGUCUCCAUGGAUCAACUUGGAGCACAAAGCAGCGCAACUGGCGCUGUUGAUGACGUUGCGACUUACGUCCACUUGGCUACCGUGGUAUCAGCAAGUGAAUACAAGGCCGCCAGUAUGCGCUGGUGGACGGCUGCUUGGUCUCUCGCUCGUGAGCUCAAACUCGGUCGGGAGUUGCCCCCAAAUGCCACAUCGCGAGCAGAUGGUGAUCUAGAGGGAGACCCAGAGCUAGACAUGAAUGGCAACAAAAGUCAUGGCCCUGGAAGCUCCAAUGUAAAUCUUACAGAGGAAGAGCGUGAAGAACGGCGGCGAAUCUGGUGGCUGUUAUACGUGAUGGAUCGACAUCUAUCACUGUGCUACAACCGGCCCUUGACUCUGUUAGACAAGGAGUGCGAAAGCUUGUUACAACCGAUGAAUGAUGAUCUUUGGCAAGCAGGUGACUUUUCUGCCGCGAGCUAUCGACGGGCAGGCCCAGCAUUUGAGUGCACUAGCCACAGCAUGUUUGGCUACUUCCUCCCUCUAAUGAGCAUUCUCGGUGAGAUUGUGGAUCUACAUCAUGCCCGGAAUCAUCCACGGUUUGGGCUCCAUUUCCGCAAUAGCGGUGAAUGGGAGAGCCAAGCUAUGGAGAUUACUCGGCAACUGGAUGUAUAUGCUCAGAGUCUGAAAGAGUUUGAGGCUCGUUAUACCAAUUCUCUGACUCUGGGAGCUGGUGACAAUGACACAGCGAUGGAUGGAGCUCAUGUGAAUCAUGUGAGCCCAUCAGGUCGGUCGAGCAGCACCGCGGGAUCGCAUUUGAGCGAGUCUGUUGUUCACACUAAAAUGGUGGUGGCAUACGGUACCCAUAUAAUGCACGUUCUCCACAUUUUGGUCGCGGACAAAUGGGAUCCUAUCAAUCUGCUAGAUGAUAAUGAUUUAUGGAUCUCAUCUGACUCGUUUAUCACUGCAAUGAGUCAUGCUGUCAGUGGUGCCGAGGCCGCUUCCGAUAUUCUGGAGUAUGACCCAGAUCUGAGCUUCAUGCCAUUUUUCUUUGGUAUAUAUCUUCUCCAGGGAAGCUUCCUCUUGCUUUUGACGGCAGACAAACUUGCCGGGGAUGCAAGUCCUAGUGUUGUCAGGGCCUGUGAGACUAUUGUGCGCGCACACGAGGCAUGCGUUGUCACUUUGAAUACAGAGUACCAGAGAACAUUCCGCAAAGUUAUGCGCUCAGCCCUAGCUCAAGUCCGUGGUCGAAUGCCAGAGGACUCUGGCGAGCAACAACAACGAAGACGCGAAGUACUAGCUCUUUACCGGUGGAGCGGAGAUGGCAGUGGUCUUGCCCUCUAA